AUCGAGAACUUUGGUACACCGUGUAAACCGGCCGCUGCUCUCCCUCUAGAGAGAGAGAGAGCAGCGUAAAAGCUAAUCUAUUCUCUAUUCUGCCUCUAUGCUCUAUGCCUUAGUUAGGUUUUCUCAUAAGUUAGCCUCCUUUUAUAGGAGAGGAUGGCUAACUUAUGGCUUACAAGAGAGGCUAAUGGGCUAAUAUUCAAUUGUGGCCCAUAUUACACAUUUAACUAACAACUACACAAAUACAAAUACAUCUAACUAGAUUGGACACCAGAAAAAGUCCUAACAAUCUCCCCCUUGGUGUUCAAUCUUGUUUGAUCAGCAUUGCAGCGCGGAUGUCUUUGUCUUUGUGUUCAGUUGCUCCUCAAUGCAGCUCAGCUUCCUUUGUCUUUGCGCUCGACUUCUUGAAAAGGCUUUUUGAAGAAAUCCUUGCGAUCUCCCCUUUGAUGUCUUCAUGGCAAUUUGUUCUUUGAUGCCGGGGAGUUGAAGAAUCUUCAGGAUGUAGCUUGUGAUCUUUACCUUUCAGAAGUUGCUCUUGAUCAGCAUUAAUGUAUUCCGAUGGCGCCUCUGGAAUGAGUGUUCAGGUGAUAUACAGGCGCACACAGAAUUCAUCUUCAGGACUUGAAUACUUGACCUUUGUCUCCUCAAAGUUUACAUGGCACAGCGGAAAAUUAUUGUUUUUGAGGAGAUCUCGUCAGUGGCACAGCGGAAUAAGAUAGUUGACUUGUGAGCGUAGCUGACCAUUUGACUUGAAGCUGGCUUGGCCAUUUAGCAGAAGAGAUAGUGGAGAAAGUGUCCAAAAAUGAGUGGAGAAAGUGUCCAAAAAUGAUUUGUUGAUAGUGAACAACAUGUGGACUACUCUCCCCCUCAUGACGAUCCGAUGAAUCGGGGCGUCAUGCCUUUAUUCUUUUAUUCUGGGAAACAAAAUUGAAAACAAACAGAAAGUUAAAGGAUAAAGACCGGAUACACAGAAGUGUUCCGUUAACACAACAUCAAUGUAAACACUGAUGUGUGGCCUGUAUAAAAUGAUAGAAGCAUUAAAGCUCUAACAGGACUUCCAACUAAUCAUUAUGAAGCAUCUGAAGUAGAUGUCACUCUGGUUGUUAAGGCAUGAUCAUCAUGAAGAUCAGCAAUGGAAAUCGUAGCCCCCCGAGGUCGCGUAGACACCCGUUAUCAUCACUAUAGAGAUAAACUCUACAGCGAUGGCCUGAACAUGUUGGUGAUUUCUAUGUUGCAACAACAGGACUUCCUUCCAAUCAUCGGUCUAUCUAUAGUAGAUGAGCCCUAUGGAAGUUCUCGCAUGGUCACUUGGACCUGCAACUGACUCAAAAAUGUGUCUGUGUCCUAGAAAAUUCAAAAACAUUUGGGAGUGAGAUAACUAGACACAGCGUGAUCAAUGAAAGUCCAGUGGCAUGGGGCUGAGGCCACUGUAGUGAGUAUCACUUGCCUCGGAAGGAGACAGUAAUGAGAGAUGAGGUUCCCCGUGAAAUAUGAUUAAACACUUGUCUGUUGGGAGACAAAUGAGUGGCCUUGGGUAGGGUUAUGCAUGCACUGUUGGACAAGAUGCAGUGACUUCUACCCGGGAUCUGAAUAAAUUCAGUCCUGAACCUAUGGGGAUUGUCCAGAGUAUUUGAGUGACUGGGAGUAAUUGAUCAAUUGAUAGUAGGCAGUUGAGGUAGCAGACUUAUCAUUGAAUAUUGUUUUGUUGCUCACUUGAGCCUUCUGCUUCCAAACGCUCAUAGUAUUCACUCACUCACACAUUCACUCAUUUACUCUCGGCUUUGUCCCUUGGGUAGGCUUAGUUGGGUUUACUAAGCCAUAGGGACUUCUCUCUCAUUCUCUUUGUUUCUUCAUUUUCUCUCUGUACUCCCCCUCAACUGAAGCACUCGGUAUGCUUUUUCAUCGUUCGGUACCGAGGAGGGUAAAAUUGAAAACUCCCCCUCAAAUGUUGCAUCCUUUGAGAGAAUCCUUGCUUUGUCGUUGUGUGGCGCCAGGAGGAGAAAACUGUAAUUCCCCCUCAGAUUGUGCAAGGUUUGAUUACUCACAGCUUGAUAUACCUGCCAUGUGUAUGGAGCAAUCUGUACAGGUACCACACAUGACGGUUUACCCUGAACUCAUCAUCUAGAAAUUCAGCACAGUGAUGAUCACACAUUGUUGAUGAGUUAGGGGAGGCAUCGGUAGUUGAUUGUUGAUUGUUGUGAAAUGACCGUUGACGCGAGGUUGAUUGAAUUAUCUACGAGUUCCGGACCUUACAGUGUAAAUUAGACCAACUUUGACGUUUGGUUUGACUUUGGUUUGAUUUUGGAAGAAUUGACCAGAUUUGCCUCAGUUUUGACCUUGACUUUGACUUUGGUGAUAUUUCGGAAAACAGGUGAUAUCUCCCUCAAAAACGGCGAGUGAGGGAGCGUGAGAAAGGGUUCUGGGGUUCCCCCUAGAAUUCAUGUAGAUCUUUUCAAGAGCUUUCCGAAAAGGUAUUAUACGUGUAAAUCGGAUCACCGAGUCAAAAGUUAUGGCCAAAACAGUGCAGGACAUCGAAAAGUUUGAAAAAUGAAAAUUUUAGAAAUUUUUCGAAAGUGAGGUUCUCGAAGUUGAAUCUCGAGAUCUUUUUCUCGAUAUUGGAUACCGAAAACUUUUUCUCGAUGUUGAGUAUCGAAAACAUCUUCUCGAUGUUGACUAUCGAAAACAUCUUCUCGAUAUUUGAAUAUCGAAAACGCCUUCUCGAUAAAUGAAUAUCGAAAACUUUUUCUCGAUGAAUGGGUAUCGAAAACUUUUUCUCGAUGUUUGAAUGUCGAAAACUUUUUCUCGAUAUUGAAUAUCGAAAAGUUCUUUUUCGAUAUUUGAAUGUCGAGAAACAUGUUUUCGAAGUUCAAGCUGCGAGAAGCGUGUUUUCGAAGUUCAAUCUGCGAGAAACGUGUUUUCGAAGUUCAUCCGCGAGAAGCCUGUUUUCGAGUUCAAAUAUCGAGAAACCUGUUCUCGAACAUCAAAUGUCGAGAAACCUGUUUUCGAAUAUCAGCUGCGAGAAACCUGUUUUCGACCUGCAAUCUGCGAGAAACAUGAUAUCAAAGAUUAACAUCGAAAAGCUCAAGACUUCGAAAACUUUAGAGUUUCGUACCAGUUUAGGAUAUCGAAAACUUUGCCUUUUCAAAAAAGGUCAGAACAUCGAAAACUUCCUUUGAAAACCUUCAGAAUUUCGAAAACUUAUUUAAUCAUUGAAAAUCUGUAAACAUCGAAAAAUGCUGUUAAAGCUUCGAAAACUGCCAAAAAUAUCAAGCUUCGAAAAAUCCUGAGUUUUGAGAAAAGGCAGAGUUCGAAAUAUACUAAACAUCGAGAAACUCCAAAAUGUCGAAACCUUUGAGUAUCGAAAAGCUUCAAAAACAACAAAACAUCGAAAAAUCCAUUUUCAAAAAAUCUUCAGAAAUAGAUUUUGAGAAUGUUUUCAAACAGAUUUUGAUCCUAAUCUUCCAGAAAUCAAAGAACAUCGUUGAAAACAGAUCAGCCAAACCAAAAAUCUCGAAAAAUCAGUUUUUCAAAAUGGGUGGUUUUUCUCGAGAAAUCAGUUUUGCAGAUCCGAAAAACGCAGAAAAAUCCAAUCUAUUUCACGCCUCGGCUCUGAUACCACAUGUUGAUCCCUAUUUCUAACAAUCAUACAAUCAUAAGAAUGAAAGAAGAAGCAGAUAGAUUUAUCAUUCAUCUCAAAGUAUCGAGAACUUUGGUACACCGUGUAAACCGGCCGCUGCUCUCCCUCUAGAGAGAGAGAGAGCAGCGUAAAAGCUAAUCUAUUCUCUAUUCUGCCUCUAUGCUC